AUGCAGGCCUCCUUUGUACUGCUAGCAGCGGGCUACGUGCUUGCUUUUGCGGCAGCCGCUUGCGUUCCGGAUGUCGCCUUGGCUUUACUUUCUGAUCCGCGCGUGCUCAAGCACGAAGCUGUUCUCCUGGCAUUGAACGAAGUGCAAAGGAAUCUUUCGGCGCUGUAUAAGAACACCACGCGGGAUGGUCUCAGCGUUGCUAUUGUCCACGCCUCAAGCCCAGCGCCAAUCUUUACAUUCAAUAACGGGACGUUAAAAUUCAAUGAGACGCUUGCAUGGUAUCCGGAAACCCAAUAUACCCACAGCAGGGUCCAUAGGGGGAGCGAAGGGAAUAAAGUAACCAGCGACUCCAUCUUCCGCAUUCUCUCCAUAUCCAAAAAUAUCGCUUUAUCGUCUUCCCUCGUACUCGCCAACAACUCCAAUGUAACUUUGUCGCACAAACGACAAGUCUCGCUCGAUACGCCAGUCAGGCUUUUACUCCCGGCUUUCGCGCUCCCGGAACGAGACUGGAGAGAUGGCGGCAGCGAGAUUACACUACGUAUGCUGGCGAGCCACACGGCGGGGAUCCCGAGGGAAAGUUAUAGCACGGGUUUCAAUAUGAUUCUGAGCACGGGCAAGGCGGAUGCGCCGACGAUAGGGGCGGCGUGGGCGGGACAGACUGCACAAGAUGUGAUUGAGGGCGUGAAGGCGAGGAGCUUGAUGUUUGCGCCUGGGCAGAGGGCGGCUUAUUCGAAUGCUGGCAUAGGACUUCUCGGUGGUGCGCCUCCCACUUUCUUUUGGAGCCCCCCUUUUUUGAGUGUUUCUAACAAGCAUAUAGCGGCCGUGGCUACACACUACAAUGAUAUUACAGGAAGCGACUUGACAUGGUCGGAGUUUGCUACCCAGGAGCUCCUAACACCGCUCAACAUGACGCAUAGUUUCUUCGGCGCCAUACCACAAAACCUCAUGCCAGACGUGGGCAUCCCCGGCGGGGAAAAUUGGGCUGAUCUACUGGUAGGCGAGGGCUACGACCCAGCAGCCGGCAUGUGGAGUUCAGCAAACGACCUUUCCAGCUACCUAUACCACAUGUGGCUCUCGCCCGACCCCCCGCUCAUAUCAAAGUUCCAGCAACGAGAUGCCAUGAAACCCAGCAUCAACCUGCCCGACGGCGUGCAGCAAACUGGACCAGGUUGGGAAAUCGAGCUUCUGAAACUGGCAUCCAGCAACGAGAGCGACGGCACUACCGAGUCGCCACCCACAAAAACAUACAGCAUCUUCGGCAAGUCCGGCAACGGCGGCGGCUGGGCCUCGUGGAUCGACACAAUCCCCAAUCUAGGCUAUGGUCUUGUGAUACUCGCUCAGCAAUCCGGCCUGAAAGACUACCAAGCCGUAUCACCGAGCCAGCUCAAAACAACGCUACACGGGAUUCUCGCACCGGCAUUCAUCACAGCGCUUGCUGAAAGGACGGUCGACCGCUUUGCAGGGCACUACAUGAAGGCUCACGAUACGGGUCUGCUGCACGACCAAGUGGUAACCGCGAGCCGGAGCACGCGAACGCACGCAAGGCUGGAAGUCGAGGCCGGGACCUUAUAUCUCCGUUCACUCAUCGUAAACGGCACGUCUGCGCUCGAAGCCGUGGACCGGCUUUCCUGGACGCCAGACGCGCAGCCCAUCUUGUUUUCGUCCCCUCAGGGUGUCGUGCUGGAGCCGGCCGAGGGCGCGGCCGAAACAGCGCAGUUUGGCGCCGGCGCGCAGGUCUGGAGAAUGAUGUUUCCUGAGCUGGAAUCGUGUGAUUGGUUCGACUUUGAUGGCUUCCAGGAUAGUAAUGGGUGGCCACUGAGUAAGUUGGUGCUGGUGGAGCGGGGGGCAGGCAGAGUCGAGUUGCAUUAUCCGCCGUUUGAUGUGGUGAUUAGUCGGGUUUAG